AUGGGUAUCAUCAAUGAAGAAUUUGAUAUUCUAUUACAAGAUAAUAUUUUCACAAAUACUCUCAAUCUUAUUUCAAGAUCGUCAACUGAUGAUGAUAUUUGUUCAAUUGAUAAUCGAAUACUUGAUCGUUUUUGUAUUGAUAUAUUACCAAAAAUUCAUCAUAAUGUCAAAUAUCUUAUUCUUGAACCAACGUCUAUGGAACGUAUUCUUCUUGUUAGUAAUUAUCCAAAUUUGACUUCACUCAAAUUGUUUAAUUUCGAAGAACAUAUCGCUUUAAAUUAUUUUACAGAUAAAUCAAUCUUUCAACAUAUUUUUAAAUAUCAAAUAACAGAACUUAUUCUUGAAAAUAAUGAUAAUUAUGAUUACGAAGAAGGAAUAAUAUCAUCAAAAGAAUAUAAUAAAAAUGUAUAUAUACCUAUAUUGACUUUAUUCAAAAAUCUUCAGUCUUUAAGUAUCGUUGGAUCAUCCAUGCUCAGUUAUCCACCAUUAUCAAUACUUAAUUUACCAUUAAAUAUUUUUUGCUCUUUGAAUCUUACAAAACUAUGUAUCUAUGUAAAUAGUUUAGAUGAUUGUCUUUAUUUACUUGAUGGUCAUCUUAAACAAUUAACUACAUUCAUUGUUCAAAUAAAAAAUAUCCACAAUAAUUUAUCGAUUAUUCAUAAUACUGAUGAUCUAUUUAAUUUGGAAUGUUUUUCAUUAACAUGUUAUAAUCUAACUAAUGCAUAUGACAAUCGAGUAAUACCUUUAUUUCGUCGUAUGAAAAAUUUGAAAAAAUUGACUUUAUAUAUUCGUCUUGCAAAUCGAUCUACAUUUGUUGAUGGUACUCAUUUACAUAAGGAAAUUCUUAUGCAUAUGUCACAACUUCAUACAUUUACUUUUUAUAUUAGUUCAAUAAUUCCAUAUAAUGAUUCAUUUCAACUUUUAGUUGAUAAUGAUAUACAACAAACUUUUACAAAUAUAGGUUAUUAUCAAACAUCUUGUACUGUAAAUUAUUAUCGUGCAUCCAAAGCAAUAUGUCAUGUUUUCUCACUUCCAUUCACAUUUGAUCGUCUUGAAAUGAUCACUAAUAGAUUUCCAACUAUUAUAUUCCAUCAUGUUACUUACUUGCAGGUGUUUGAUAAGGUUCAAUUCAAAUAUAAAUUCUUCAUUCGAAUUGCUAAAGCUUUUCCAUUAUUGAAAUAUUUUACUAUUUCCAGUGGAUUGUUGUCAUUAAUAGAUUUUAAUAAAUACGAAGAUGAUUAUAUUCAAUCAUAUCCAAUUAUUCAAUUUCCUCAUCUUAUUUCACUUAAUAUGAUGGUUGAGAAUCCAUAUUAUAUUGAACAAUUUUUACUUAAUACAAAAACUCAUCUACCUCGUUUGACGGAAUUAAAACUAUCUUAUUCUCAUCUGAAAAAUGUUACAAAAAACUUUACAAGAGAUGCAACACGACACAACUGUGCUAAUAUAAAACAAUUAAUCUUUUGUGAUGAAUGUGAUUAUCUAACACAUUUUUUGCACUAUUUUCCUGUUUUGGAUACUGUAUCUUAUAUUAAAACUAUUCGAUAA